AUGCUAGUACUGUUACAGGAUUUGGUCCUGGAGAAGCUGAAGAGUCAACAGUUGUCUAGUGAGCUGGACAAAGUGAGUCAGGAACUGGAGAAGAUAGGAUUGAACAAAGAGCUGCUGCUACAGGAUGACAACAGCAAUGAUGACACAAAAUACAAGAUGCUAGAGAGAAAAACUGAAUCGGCACUAAAAACAACACUAGCUGUGAAAGAAGAGAAGAUUGCAUUGUUGGAAGCUCAACUGAAAGACUCUUUGAACUUGAACCAGCAGUUACAGAAUGAUCUAAAUAUGGUAAAGAAGGACUUUGAUGCACUUAAGCAGACUCAACAAGAUGGGCAGUGUGCUCAGAAGUCACUGAGGUAUUCUGCAGAGAAAUUCAUUCCCAGCCACCAAAUGAAUGAGAAAUUUGAAACGGGGCACCGAGAAGCUACCCUGGAGCUUCUGAAACUGAAGGACAGGGCAAUUGAACUGGAAAGAAAUAAUGCAGCCCUGCAUACUGAGAAGCAGCUGCUUAAAGAACAGAUGAAGCACUUGGAAACCCAGAAUGUUUCCUUCAACAAUCAGAUCCUGACACUACAGAAGCAAAACGUCUUCCUUCAGGAGCACAAUACUACCCUGCAGACACAGACAGCCAAACUCCAGGUAGAAAAUUCAGCCCUCAGCUCCCAGAGUGCUUCACUGAUGGCCCAGAAUGCUUUACUCCAAAAUCAGCAGACAGCCAAGGAGAACGAGAAUGAGAAUCUACUGAAACAGAAGGAGCAACUGAAAGCUGAGUAUGAGUCAUUGCUUCAGGACCAUGAACACCUUGCUUCACUGCAUGAACGGCAGUCCACAGAAUAUGAAAUGCUAAUAAACCAGCACAGCUGCCUGAAAACAUUGCACAAAAACCUGGAUCUGGAACACAAAGGUCUGGGUGAGAGAUACAACAGUUUAAUGAAAUACAAGGCAGAACUGGAAGAGUUGGAAAUAGUUUUAAAAGCUGAGAGAGAGGUUCUGCAACAAGAGAGGAGAUCGAAUGCAAUAACCACUGGGGAAAAUCAGAAGCUGAGGGAGGAACUGGACAGGGUGAAUUUCUUGCACAACCAACUGAAAGCAGACUAUGAAGGGCUGCAUUCACACACUAAAGAGCUGAAAACUUCCUUGAACAACUCUCAGCUGGAGCUGAAUCGUUGGCAGGCUCGCUACGAUGAGCUGAAAGAACAGCACCAGUCCAUGGAUAUUUCUCUGACCAAGCUGGAUAACCACUGUGAGCUGCUGUCCCGUCUAAAGGGAAAUCUGGAAGAAGAAAACCAUCAUCUCCUGAGUCAGAUUCACAUGCUGAGCCAGCAGAAUCAGAUGUUACUGGAGCAGAACAUGGAGAACAAGGAGCAGUAUCACGAAGAACAGAAACAGUACAUUGAUAAGUUGAAUGCCUUAAGGAGACACAAGGAAAAACUUGAAGAGAAGAUAAUGGAUCAGUACAAGUUUUAUGAUCCUACUCCAAAAAAGAAAAACCACUGGAUUGGAGCCAGAGCCUUAGUCAAACUAAUCAAGCCAAAGAAGGACACUACAAGGGAGCGGUUGAAACCAGCAGCAGAAAGCUCUCCAUGGCAUUCUGAAUCCCCAGAGACAGUAAACUCUCCAUCUGCCUCCCAAAAACUGAAACAUCAAGAGUCUCAGGAUAAUACCUCUCAAGGGUCAAACUCUAUGGAAGAAAGAGAGAAUCCUGGGGGUUCUUCAAACAAGG